AUGCAGUACAGAGAUAAACGAACAUCAUUUUUACUCAACUGGUGUGUGCUUGUGGUACAAGGUUCCAUACCCAUACGCUGAUUCACAAAUGGAGAUUUAUUUGGAUUUACUCAUUUCUGAUUCUGAAACUUUACACAAAGGAUGGACAGUAUUAUUGGUUCGGUCGGUCGGGUAGCUAACGUUAAGGUCCGAAACGAUGACGACAUUGUGGAUCGUGUCAACCAUUUCUAUACGACAGGUAUUUUCAUAAUCUUCACGGUAGUGGUCAGUGCCCGCCAAUAUGUGGGAGAUCCUAUCAGGUGUUGGUGUCCGGCUCAGUUCCCCAGCACCCACGUAGACUACACAAACAAUAUCUGUUGGAUCUCCAACACCUAUUACAUCCCUAUGAAGGACAUUGUACCACCCAUAGAGCAGCUGCACAUGCGCAAAGAGAAAGAACUGAACUAUUACCAAUGGGUUCCGGUGAUGCUUUUGGUACAAGCUUUGCUUUUUUAUUGUCCUUGUAUCAUUUGGAGAUUAAUGAAUGGGAACUCCGGAAUAAACGUGGAUCGGAUUGUGAGUCUGGCUGGAGAUGCACAAUAUGAAAGUCCAGACAAUCGCAUACGGACUAUAAAGUAUCUAGUCCGACAUAUGGACAGGUGCUUAGAUAAUCAAAGGGACACACGAGGAUGGUGCUGUGUGACGUUACGUCAUAUCCUGUCUGCCAAAUUAUCUCUUAUAUGUGGCAGAAGGUAUGGAAAUUACCUUGUUGCUAUAUAUCUGCUUAUAAAGGCCUUAUAUAUUGCAAAUUGUAUCGGUCAAUUAUUCAUGCUCAAUUCUUUCCUGGGGACGGAUUAUCAUGUGUAUGGAUUUCAGGUCAUGGAAGAACUCAUUGACGGAAAGGAGUGGACAGCUUCUCAUCGCUUUCCGCGAGUCACGCUGUGUGACUUCCAGAUUCGACAAAUUACAAAUGUACAGCAGUAUACCGUCCAAUGUGUAUUACCGAUCAACUUGUUUAAUGAGAAAAUCUACAUAUUUAUGUGGUUUUGGUUAGUAUUUGUAGCCAUUGUAACUUGUUACAGCUUCGCAAACUGGAUCUGGCAUAUGAUGUUUCCAACAACACGUAUACAAUAUAUCAGAAAAUUUUUGAAACUGAUGGACAGACUCGGUACAGGUCCGGACCGGAAGCUUGCUGGGCGUUUCGUUCUGGAAUAUCUAAGACAUGACGGUGUUUUCACGUUGCGCUUGAUAGGUAAAAACUCGAGUGACAUCGUCGUCGCAGAAAUUGUAGCCGGACUGUGGGACAUGUACCGGAAUAAAAAAUCUAUACAGAUACGCUCCAAUUUAAAUGGACACGAGACAGAGGGCGAAGAUGUAUGACUAUGUAACGGAGGGUCGCACGUUGUGCAUGAGAGGGAUUAUGGGACAGUUUAAAGGAACAAUACUCGACCCCCAAAGGGAUAUAACUCCAAAAGUAACAUUCAGCCAAAAUAAUUGCUCCUUUUACAACGGAAAGGUAUCAUGUUUCGUCAGAAAUGACCAGAAACUCUUACCAUGUAAUAUUCAACUGAUGUAACUAUUCAAAUACGUGUGUGAUGGACCAGAACUUACUGUUGUGUGAUUUUCGGAGAUGAAGUGUCAGCAGACACAUCUCGCAGAACAAUCAGGUUGAAUGGAAUGCGAGGAAUACCAACAUACCCAUUUUCUGCCUUUAUUCAAAUAUCAACGCCAAUGCCGUCCUAUUAAGUGUCAAGGAAAACAAUGCAUGUGCGCCAUGGUGUGUUUCUAUAAAUCAGUCUUUCAAUCACGGAAUCAAA